AUGACUGAUAUCGUUGAAACUUUUUAUUCGGCAUGGGAAACUGUUAUGGGCCCAGUUCCACAUCGCCUUUUUUGUUCAUGGCAUGUCGAUAAAGCCUGGAGACAAAAUUUAAAUAAAAUUAUUGGACCUCAGUGUAAGGAAAAACAAUUCACUGGUUAUAAAUCAUUAAAAAUGCUUCAGACAAUAUCCAGUGACACUGAAUUCAAAAAAAUUUUAAACCAAUUUAUUAUUGAAAUGAUGAAUGAUCCUGAAACAAAAGAUUUUGGAGUAUAUUUUGAACGAAUGUAUGCAAAUAGAACAACAUUAUGGGCAUAUUGUUACAGAAAAGGAGUGGGAGUAAAUUGCAAUAUGCAUCUAGAAUCAAUACAUAAAACUAAAAAGUAUCAUUACUUAAAUGGAUGUAAAAUUGGAAGAUUGGAUAAAAGUAUAAUGGCAAUAAGACGAUUCACGCGUGAUAAAAAAGUAGAAAGAAUGAUCAAAUUGACAAAGGGUAAAUCAACAACAAGAAUUCAAGAAAUAAAAAAAAGACAUGUAACCAGUAUUUCACUUAAUUUAAAAACAUCCAAGAACGAUGCAAAAAGCUGGAAUGUAGAUAGUGAACAUACACCAAGUAAAACUUAUGUUGUUAAACAAAUUAACGAGGAAAUAUGUUGUGUAAUAGUUUGUAGUACAUGUAAAAUAUGCAUUCAUACAUUUGAAUGCACUUGUCUUGAAAAAUAA